UUCUUUUACCUAUUGUCAGAGUUUCCAGUGGCCGGAUAUACAUUGAGUUGCCGGAAAUGGUCGUUUUUUGGCCGUUGACGGCACUGCGUGCUCUGGCAAUAUUAUGCUGGUUAGCUACGCAUGUAGCAGCUGACUACAAGUAUUGGUCGCCACUUCCACCACAUGAGCACAAUCUCCCUAAUUCCCAUUACAAAUCACCCCUGCCAGUUCCUUACUACUAUGAGUCACCACCGCCACCAUCGCCCUCACCUCCUCCACCUUACGUUUACAAGUCUCCACCAUCACCCUCUCCCCCAUAUGUGUACAAGUCUCCGCCUCCUCCAUAUAUUUAUAAGUCAUCGCCACCUCCUUCGCCUUCCCCACCUCCACCAUAUAUAUACAAAUCUCCACCUCCUCCAUCCCCGUCACCCCCUCCCCAAUAUGCUUAUAUGUCAGCGCCACCUCCUUCACCUUUCCCACUUCCAUCAUAUGUAUACAAAUCUCCACCUCCUCCAUCCCCUUUACCCCCUCCCCCAUACAUGUAUAAGGCACUGCCACCUCCUUCACCUUCCCCACCUCCACCAUAUGUAUACAAGUCCCCACCUCCUCCUCCAUACAUUUAUAAGUCACCAUCACCGCCUUCACUUUCCCCACCUCCACCAUACGUAUACAAGUCACCACCACCUCCAUCUCCAUCACCCCCUCCUCCAUAUGUUUAUAAGUCACUGCCACCUCCUUCACCUUUUCCACCCCCACCAUAUGUAUACAAAUCUCCACCUCUUCCGUCCUCGCCACCCUCUCCCCCAUACGUUUACAAGUCACCGCCACCUCUUUCACCUUCCCCACCUCCACCAUACGCGUACAAGUCUCCACCUCCUCCAUAUGCAUACAAGUCACCGCCACCUCCUUCACCUUUCCUGCCUCCACCAUAUGUAUACAAGUCUCCAUCUCCUCCAUACGCAUAUAAGUCACCGCCACCUUCUUCACCUUCACCACCCCCACCAUAUAUAUACAAAUCUCCACCUCCUUCGUCCUCGCCACCCUCUUCCCCAUACAUUUACAAGUCACCGUCACCUCCUUCAUCUUCACCACCUCCACCAUAUGUUUAUAAGUCACCGCCACCUCCUUCACCAUCCCCACCUCCACCAUAUGUAUACAAGUCUCCACCUCUUCCAUACGUAUACAAACCACCGCCACCUCCUUCACCUUCACCACCCCCACCAUAUAUAUACAAAUCUCCACCUCUUCCGUCCUCGCCACCUCCUCCCCCAUACGUUUAUAAGUCACCGCCACCUCCUUCAUCUUCACCACCUCUACCAUAUGCAUACAAGUCUCCACCUCCUCCGUCCCCAUCACCCCCUCCCCCAUAUGUUUACAAGUCACCGCCACCUUCUUCAUCUUCACCACCUCCACCAUAUGCAUACAAGUCUCCACCUCCUCCAUCUUUAUCACCCCCUCCUCCAUACAUUUACAAGUCACCCCCACCUCCUUUGCCUUCACCACCUCCACCAUAUAUAUACAAGUCUCCACCUCCAUCUCCUUCACCCUCUCCUCCAUACAUUUACAAUUCACCACGACCUCCAUCACCCUCGUCUCCCUCUCCAUACCAUUACAAGUCUCCAUCUCCACCAUUUUCACCACCGCCACCCUCAUCAUUGGCCCCGCCUCCUCAUGCAUAUUACCAAAACUCUACUCCCCUUAUUAUUUUCUAAGGAUGAGUAUAUUAUGG